AUUAUGAUUUGAUUUUUAUGAUUAAUUUACAGUUUUUUUGAAAUACUUAUUAAAGUUAUGUUUUUAUUUUAAAUUAUUUUUUAGUUCAAGCACGAUUGCAUUUUAUUGCAUUGAAAGAAACAAAAAACGUUUGCUAUGUCAAAAUUAUCUGUCAACAGAUAAACGUCAAUGUCAUUUUUCUCUCAAAUUUUCCUUUUUUAUUUUCAUUUUUCCUUCUACGUUAGUCGCAUUGUUUUAAUAUAAAAAUUUAACCAGUGUUUUAAUAAUGUCGUAAUAAGUAAGCAUAAAGUUGGCUUUCAGAUUUCGUCUUCAUAUAAUACAGUUUUUACAAUGUUAGGUGGUGUAAAGCUAAAAGUAUCUUUUACUCAUGAAAGAUCAUGUUUUGGAUAUAUUAGUCCAAAAUAUAGCACAAACAAUGAACAGUCAAUAUGUGUCCAAGUUUUGUCAAGAGAGAAACAGAUUCUCCUUUGGGUGGUAUUCAGCAGCAAUGUUCCAGAAGGUCACAUAGCCUGUAACCCUAUCUACAGCAAGCAGCUGUGCUUGGAGGAGGGUACUGAGGUAUUUGUGGCUCCAUAUGGUGACAUAAAGGUACUCGACGAGUUGUAUGUUGAUACAGAUAGUCCAGAUGAUCAGGAGAUUCUGGAACAUAAUGCAGAAAUAUUGCAACUACGAGUACUAGAUCAACUAAGACUUGUAGUUGCCAACCAAAAAGCUGUAGUAUGGAUAUCAACUUCUCUUCCAAUUGUUUUUACACCAAAACAGACUGGUUUGCUUGUAAACUAUAGUAGAAUAAUUGUGAAAGUGGAUGCUUUUAAUAGUUUUUGUGGUGGCCUUACAAACUCAUAUGUAAAUACUAAUGUAGCAAAAGAAGGCAAUAAUAAAUUUAAUAAUAUUGGAAUUAUCAACAGAGGCUUGCUUCAGCCAUAUUUAAAUGCACCAAAGAGAUUAGUUUUAAGAGCUUUACCGAUAGAUAGUGAUGGUAAAAAGGACCUUAUACAUCCAUACACUGUAUUUGUUCAUGAAGACUUGAUUGAUGAUAAGUUAAAAGACCUAAUGAUUAUUCUUGGUACAAUGAAGAAUAUACCUUCCAUCAUUAAUGAUAUUUCAGAUGAAGAUGAAGUUGAAAAUAACAUACAAAUUGAUGGUUUGUGUGUGGAAAUAAAACCUAUAGAUAGUGUGGUAUAUAGGAGCUUGUCUAGAGAAGUUUAUAAUAAAAGUAUACCUACAGUACUUAUACCUAAGUCUUUAAAUGUGAUAAUCAAUAUAGAAAAUGGUAUGAAAGUGAUGUUUAAUGUGAUAGGCGAUGAAGUCGAGCAACCAGAGCAUGUAGAGAUUAUAACAUAUUCAGAAAAAGUUAAUACUGAAAUUGAUGUGAUAGAAAGAUUUAAGAACUGUGUAGUCAAAAGCACACAUUCGGGGAGAAAGUUCUUAAUAAAUGAUGGAAUGGUAAAACAGAAUAGUCAAAUAACAAAUGGCUUCUUAAGAUUUAAGCUUAAACCUGAGAAAUUGAAAUACACAAUGAUGAAUUCUGAAUCAUUUCGAACGUGCACAGUGUCUGCAAAGUGCUUAAAUGACACAGAUUUAUCUCUACCAAAAUCUAUCUCAUCAAAAAUUGAGUAUGACUAUAAAAAUUAUUGUAGAACAGUAAAAUCAAGUAAAGAAUUAGUUGAAAAGGUAAUAUCACAUAUUGACUUUGAAAUACAGAGGGAAGCUAGCUUCAAAGGUGUUUCAGAAAUAAAGAGUAAUGUUUUAAUUACUGGUCAAAGUGGUGCAGGCAAAUCGUCUAUUUGCCAUAUCAUACAAAAAGAACUGACAGUAUGGUCCCACAUAUUGCACUGCCGGUCCCUCAAGGGAAGGAAGGACAUAACUGAGGUGCUCGGUAAAGCGAUACUGCUGUGUCAGGAACACAGUCCCGCUGUGCUGAUAUGUGAUGAUGUGGAUGCUUUGGUGCCGCCUAAUAUGGAGGGGGGCUCUCCCCAGGACAUUGCAUAUUAUCAAAGGUUAGCGACAGUGAUAAAGCACAUGCUGCAGACGUGCGCGGGCGUGUGCGUGCUGAUGACGUCACUCAACAUGAAAGCCCUGCACCCUACGCUGAGGCAGUUCAGUGGGAAACCGUUGUUUACUGCACAUUUUGAUAUCGUCGAGUUGAACCAAGACGAGAGGGCGGAACUGUUCAAACACUUGCUGAACGACAAAGUCCGGGAUUCGUUCCUGGUGGAGGAGGACGACGUCACCAGGCUGGCCAUGGACACCGCCGGCUGCACCGUCAGGGAACUGGUGGACUACCUCAACAAGAAGAUAUUCAAGGCAGUAAAGAAGAAAAAUUCCCAUGCUAUAGACAAGCCACGCCUAGUGGAGGACGUGACAAUAGACUCUGAGAAGUCCAAAGUCUUCGACGUAUGGGAGGCUAUGGGAGGAAUGAGGGACGUCAAGCGGCAAAUCGCUGAGAGCAUAUUCUGGCCUAUUAUGUACCCAGCUCUGUUCCCGUCCCAAUCCUGUGGUAUACUGCUGUACGGGCCCCCCGGUACAGGCAAGUCCCACAUCGGCUCGUGCUUGGCCAAACUGCACAACAUGCGACUCAUCACCGUCAAAGGGCCCGAGUUGCUGUCCAAAUACAUCGGCCAGAGCGAAAAAGCUGUCCGGGAUAUUUUUGAUAAGGCGGACAUGCAGCGGCCGUGCAUUUUGUUCUUCGACGAGUUCGACAGUCUCGCGCCCAAGCGCGGGCACGACUCGACGGGCGUCACGGACCGCGUGGUGAACCAGCUGCUGGCGCGCAUGGACGGCGCGGAGGGCGGCGCGCGCGGGCCCGUGCUGGCGGCCACCUCGCGCCCCGACCUCGUCGACCCCGCGCUGCUGCGCCCCGGCCGGCUGCAGACGCACGUCUACUGCGCCCUGCCGGACCAGUCGGACCGGCUCGAGAUCCUGCAAACGCUGUGUAAGAACGUGAGCAUCGACGACACGGUGGACCUGCACCAGCUGUCGCUGCGCACAGAGGGAUACUCACCCGCCGACCUGCAGGCGCUGCUGGUCACCGCGCAGCUGGGCAGGCUGGAGCGGCAGCUGGUGGCCAGUGCAGACCGGAACGUGGAGACGGUGGUGGUGCACACCGAGGACAUACAGAGCGCGCUCGACGAGACGAAGCCGUCGCUGUCGCCGGAACAGAGGCUCUUUUACGACAUGAUAUAUAAAAGAUUCCGAGGAGAAAGUUUACCGCCGGAACAGAGGCUUCUGUCUCAGAUUAUGAACAAACAGAGAGUCACUUUGGCUUAGUAUGAAUAUGCAUUCCAAAAAUAUUACAGUUAUGUAAAGAAACUUAGAAAAUGUCACAAAUAAUUUAAUAACUCAAUGACAUCACUGUAGACUAACAUUCGCCAGGCCUUCGGUUAAUGUAACUUUAUUUAUUUUAUUAAUUUUGCAAAUUUUAUGUGUGUAACAAGAUGAUAAGUAAGUCAAGUAUUUGACUUCGGAAACAAAUACUUGACACGUUAGUAAAUUAUUUCUAAUAAGUAGCUACAAUAAUGGCAGGCGUCCACAGAUCCGCAUCGUAUCUGACGCAUCGCAUCGAACGAAUUUUAGUAUUCUUUGUAUAGAAAGUUAUACAAGUGCGUCCACUGAUCAGCAUCAGUAAAAAAAAACAGUUGGUUAGUAACAACUUUGGUUUUUAGUUUCUUUUUUUUUAGAAUUAACAAAUUUAUUUUACAAGCACAGCAAUUAUUGUAUAACAAAUUGUCAAAUACCGUCGUUAUUGAUACGAGUUGGAAGGAGGGUAGUUUAUUAAAAGUUGUUUUUUACUGUUGAUUAAUUAAUAGUUAUACAACUUAACAUCAUCAUUCAUCAUCAUUAUCAACCGAUAGACGUCCACUCCUGGACAUAGGCCACUUGCAUGGACCUCCUUACUACCUAGUGGGGGGUCGACCAAACUGCGCUUUCCGGUGCGGGGUCGCCAUUUCAGCACCUUGGGAGGUCCAUCGGCUCUUCGAACUAUGUGGCCUGCCCAUUGCCACUUCAAUUUCGCGACUCGCUGAGCUGUCAGUGACUUUGGUUCGUCUGUGGAUCUCCUCAUUCCUGAUUCGAUCACGCAGAGAAACUCCAAGCAUAGCUCGCUCCAUCGCCUGCUGAGUGACUUUGAGCCUUCUAAUAAGGCCCAUAGUUAGCGUCAUCACUGGCAACACACACUGUUCGGAGACUUUCGUCGUCAGGCAAUGAGGAAUUUCUUACGAAAAGAUGUAACAGCCACAAUGACCUACAAAUUGCGUGGUACAUUAUCUCGAUCGUAGCAUCGAACGUAUUUUAUCUUCCGUAAAAUUGAAAAUUCGUUUGAUGCGAUACGUACGAUGUGGAUCAGUGGACGCCUGCCAUCAGUAGGAUAAUGGUUCUAGGAAUGUACAUUUUGUAAUGUAAAUGGUGAUAUUUGUAUAUGAAUUAUUAAACACUUUAUGUUGCUGUUUUUAUGCAUUUUAUGAUUUGUUUAACAAUAAAAUGGUGUGAAGUA